AAAAAUUAGAAAAUAAAAAAUAAAAACAAAAUCUUUGAUUUUUUCCAUCCUUCCCAGCGUAAGAAUCGAUCCUGGAAGUUUUCCAUCUUCUCAAAAAUCUUUCGUGAUUUUCUUUUUUCUCUUUCAAUUUGGAUCCAAGUUGGUUACUAAAAUUUGGGGAGACAAUAUUUUAGGGUUUCGGGUAGUUUUUGAGGAAAGCUCUGGUCUUUAGGUGGAGAAAGUAAAUGGUGGAUCAGCCUACGGUCGAUUCUAUUUCAUUUGUAUAUCUACGAGAAUAUAUCGGUAAUCAAGCUGUGCGUUCGAUUCUGUGCUUCGAUAGUGUUAGAGUGCUUCGACAAUCACCAGUUGUGUCAGGAAAGAAAUGCUGAGCGUGAUCCGAGUGCAUCUACCUUCCGAAAUUCCCAUUGUAGGCUGUGAAUUAACGCCUUACGUGCUUGUUCGCCGUCCGGACAAGACCGCCGCCACUGACGAUGUGCCUGAAUCGGCUCCUCUCGAAGGUUACUUUUUGAGAUACAGAUGGUAUCGUGUACAGAGCGAUAAGAAAGUAACGAUUUGCAGUGUGCAUCCAACGGAACAAGCCACCUUGCAAUGCGUAUUCUGUUCAAAGCGUAGAGCCCUUGUUGCAAAAAGCUACCACUGUUCUCCAAAAUGCUUUACAGAUGCGUGGCAGCAUCACAGGACUUUGCACGAGCGAGCAGCCGCCGAGAACGGAAACGAGGAAGAUGAGUUAGUCCGGUUCAACAGCACUGGCUCUGGUGUUCUUGCCGGUAGCUUGUCCGGGUCUAUGUCAAAUCUCAAUCUUACCAACAAUGGCCCAACGCCGUUUUAUCCUUCUAAUGUCACGCAGAAAAAUGGAGGAGAGACGCUAAUCGAGGUCGGGUGUUGCAAAACUUACACGCCAACAGCUGAUGAUAUUGGCUAUGUUUUGAAGUUCGAGUGUGUUGUGGCUAACGCAGAGACGAAACAGUUUGUGGGACACCCUAGUACCAUUUUGACUUCACGUGUUAUUCCUGCUCCUUCUCCAAGUCCCCGUAAGCUUAUCCCUGUCAAUGGAGCUGAUGUGAUGGGUCACUUAGAUCAUGAUGGUCGGAUUCAGUCUGCAGGAUCAUUCACUGUUCUUUCCUAUAAUAUUUUGUCUGAUACUUCUGCAAGUAGUGACCUUUACAGUUACUGCCCUCCUUGGGCUCUUUCUUGGCCAUACCGCAGACAGAAUUUAUUAAGGGAGAUUGUUGGUUAUCGUGCUGAUGUAGUUUGCCUUCAGGAGGUACAAAGUGAUCAUUUCCAUGAAAUUUUUGCUCCUGAGUUGGAUAAGCAUGGAUAUCAAGCUCUCUACAAGAGGAAAACUAAUGAGGUUCUCAGCGGAAGUACAAGUGCGAUUGACGGGUGUGCAACAUUUUUCCGACGGGAUAGAUUUACACACGUCAAGAAAUAUGAUGUUGAAUUCAAUAAGGCUGCUCAGUCUUUGACUGAGGCUCUAAUCCCUCCUGCGCAGAAGAGAACUGCUUUAAACCGACUAGUUAAGGAUAACAUUGCCCUGAUAGUUGUUCUUGAAGCAAAGUUUGGUAAUCAACCUGCUGAUCCUUCUGGAAAGCGCCAGCUUGUUUGUGUGGCUAACACGCAUGUUAAUGUUCAACAAGAACUCAAGGACGUGAAGCUCUGGCAAGUUCAUACCUUAUUAAAGGGGCUGGAGAAAAUAGCUGCUAGUGCCGAUAUUCCUAUGCUUGUGUGUGGAGACUUCAAUACGCUUCCCGGGAGUGCCCCUCAUUCACUUCUUGUAAUGGGAAAGGUGGAUGCAAUGCACCCAGAUCUGUUGGUUGAUCCCCUUGGAAUCCUGCGUCCUCAUACCAAAUUGACUCAUCAAUUGCCUCUGGUGAGCGCAUACUCGUCGUUUGUGAGAAUGGGAAUCGUUCUUGGAUUGGAACAACACAGAAGAAGAAUGGAUCUUAACACAAACGAGCCUUUGUUUACCAAUUGCACAAGGGACUUCAUUGGCACUCAUGACUACAUAUUUUACACAGCGGAUACGUUAAUGGUGGAAUCAUUAUUGGAAUUGCUGGAUGAAGAUGGAUUGAGAAAGGAUACAGCUCUUCCUUCCCCGGAAUGGUCUUCUAAUCACAUUGCACUCUUAGCUGAAUUUCGAUGCAAGCCUAGGACCAGACGCUAACCGCCUUCACCACCUUUUCAUCUUCGCAAUCGCUUACAGAUAGGUUUUUUUUUUUUUUUUUUUUUUUUUUUUGUUUUCCGGUUUUUAAUCAUCAGAUUAUGACAGCAACUCUUUAGACAAAACCAAACCUCUACCAAAAUCUGUGAUAGAGAUGACGCACAGGUCGGAAGUGGUUCUGAUCCAAAGUUAAGGCAGAUCACUUUCUGAAGUCGGGUCAUUCUUUAUGAUGACCUUCUGUGUGGCUUUUGUCUAACCUCUUUUCUUCUCAUUUUGAUCCUUAAAUCUUAGAAAAACACUUGUUGCUUUUUUUUUGUUAUCCUACCAUUUUUAAUAAAAGUAUGUCUUUAGAUCAAACUAUUGUUGCUUGUUAUAGAUGCUUUGUAAGACUAGA